AUGGCCUCGGCCCUUCAGUCCCCGGAGACCUCCAUGGUCGAACCGUCUCCUGUUCUGUCAAGAUCUUCCCGAGCUCAAUCGAAAUCGAAAUCGAGAUCGAGAUCUAGACCAGCACGGCGUCGUCGAAACUCGUCCCCCUCACCAGAUUCCUCUCCACCCGGCCUCCCCACGCCAGCAUUCUCGCCAGAUGGGCAAACAGACGAUGACGACAUUAUUGAAGAUACAUUAUCACCAUUUGAUGCCCGCCGCAUCACACCUACUCUCCAUGCGUCCCUCGUUUCUGAAAUUCUUUCGUUGAGGCGGGACAUUGAAAAUAAAACCAAAGCAAUCGAUUCAUUGGAACAAAGCUUGGAUGAAUCACGAACUGAAUGCGAGACCCUCGGGGAGAACCUCUCCGAGGCUGCGCGUGAGUCUCGAUCCUUGAAACAUCAGAUUCAACUUUUAGAAGGUGGAACAUCCUCUGCAAUUACGGAACUUGCUCGUGAGCGGGAUGUGGCGGUGGAAAACAUCAAUGAUGUCCGUAGAAAGUUGGAGCAUGCGCAAAAGAAGGCCCGCCAUCGAGAUGAGGAGGUCGAGCGGACACAGAUGCUGUGGGACCGUGACCGAGAAUCAUGGGACAAUGAACGACGGAAUAUGGAGCGCAAGAUCCAUGUUGUGGAAGGUCGUCUCAAGACGGUACUAAAUGAGGUUGCUGCUGCCCAAGAGGCCAAAACACUUCACUCCCAAAAUAGUGAAAAUGAUAUUGCCGCUAAGAACAAGGUCAAGGGAAGCGAUACGGCCAGUGUGGCUUCGAGCAGUCAAGGUCGUCGGCGUACGAGCAUGACCAGUGUAACCUCCAACGAGGAUAACCCUGAAGUUGAUUUCCACAAUGUUCGGUACUCGGUCAUCAGUAUGGCCCCUGGAAAGGGUGAUUCAGGCGUCAAUCUCGCCGAUGAACUGGCAUUCGAUGAGGAAGAGGAGUUUGCUGCAACGGAGGAGGAUGAGAGUCCUGAGUCACCUGAAGCUCUUCCCGAAGAACGACCUAUGUCUGUCAAUUCAGAAGCUUCCCACUCGGUGGCAUUCAAGGCCCGGAGGAUCCUUGGGCUGUCUAUGCAAAGCACAGGCUCUGCUGCGACGGAGUACCGUGCUUUCGAACAAACUCCCUCUUUACAUCAAGCUUCAGGGGAAUCACCUGUGGAAUACUGUGAUAUUGGAAUUCAGUACUCGCCUCCAGCGUCCCCCAAAAUUCCAGAGAGCGUGGAAGUGAGCAACCAAGGAAUCGACGACGAUCAAGCAUCCGAUGCAGACGACGAGAGUGAUGAGAACAACGAUGUCACAGAGAUGAAGGACUGUUCCACCCUCACAAUCGCAGUUGAGAUGGUGUCCUCGUCUGUUCAAACCAUGGGCGAACUGCCUAGUCCCCCAUGGACGCCCAAGGUGCCCGAUUCUCCUAUUCAGCAUGAAGACGAAGAAGAAACCGUGGAACCAGUGGAGACAGUUCAGAUGGCAGAGGCUUCUACCCAGACUGAUCCAGCUCCGGAAACUCCAGAACCUGUGGAAAAUGUGAAGACUUUGUUAUCCCCUGGUGAUAUUCCAUCACAAAUGGAUAUUCCCAUGAUUGCAAUUCAUCCACCUGGUUCUGAACCAGCAUCUCCCCGCGAUAGCGUUGUUCUUCCCCCGCAGACGAAGAGUAUGUCUGUUCAAACCAACUUUGGAUCAAAUACCGAGGGACGGUCUAUCGCCAUUCAGACUGAAGAGAUUCGCAUUGAUAAACGUCCAGUCAAGCUUCCGGCUAGUCUCCUGCCUUCGGCCAUUCCUGAUCUGCCCACCACAUCUGAACUUCAAGAGGCGAAUUUGAAUGCCCAGCCCUAUCGGGCACCUAUUCCUCCUCCUCGCUCAGCCAAAAGGAAUCAACCACGGCCUUCUACCGCUGACCGUCCUGUGAAACCACCGCGAGCCCAACACUCGGAGCCCCUGCAGGCAUAUCAGGCCUACCCUGGAAACAACGACAAUGGACCUCUUUCAAGCGAUUUGGUAUCUGGAUUAAGACGGCCCUUCCGUUCAAGCAGCCUCUUUGCAGGAUUCGAACAAUUGAGUGAUGAUGAGGGCCCUGAGGCAGAAGAACGAGAUAUCUUCACGGAUGACGAACUUCUCAAUCGACCUUUUGCCUCCUAUACCCUGCGUCGUGGCAAGUUGGUCAACGCUAAAUCAAGAACAAGCUUGGAUGAAAUGACUCUCCCCGAAAUUGACGAACAUCUCUCAGACCCAGAGUCCAGACCUUCUGAUGUUGGUCGCGCCUCGUCUCGUGCGACUCAACGGACAGCUUCAAGUGGCCGACAGCCUGGUAUGCGCAAAAUGGCCAUGAUUUCAAGUGGAGCAGCAGCCCACCAUAGAACCCGUGCCCGCAGUCCAAGUGAACCAAGCAUUGAAAGCGGCAGUGCAGGCUCAAGCAUUGCCCCUCCAUUCCCGGUACCAAUUCGCCUUAGCUCGCGCAAUAUUCCAUUGAAUGGCAGUGAUGGACCCCCGAGCCCAACUCGCUCUGCGGGUCGACAGUUCUCUGAUCGUGGUGCGCGCACCACCCUGGUUCGCCGACCAACACUACGCCGAGUCCGCUCUGCAGCUGCGAUGUCCCAAAGCGAAAUCACUGAGCACCCAGAAACACUCUCGUCUCCCACCCGUUCAGCAUCUCCAUUUGCAUUCGACAGCAGUCCUCCCUAUCGCCCGCCCCCUCUUCCCCGUGAUGAUAUCACAGUUCCUCGCGUGCGCCAGGAGGUUCCGAAGCGAUCCUCCCAUCGUCAAGCUGUGCCUUCUAUGAACUGGGACCAUGAGCGACGGAACUCAGUUGGUGGCGUGCAACCGACGAGUGUAGUUGAUGCCAUUGCCCAGACUAUGGUUGGUGAAUGGAUGUUCAAAUAUGUUCGACGCCGCAAGUCUUUCGGUAUGGGCGAGUUCAAGGAUUCUUGGGAGGGACGGAAUCCCGAUGAAGUAUCCGCCAAUAUCACCAACAGCGGAGUGCGCCAUAAAAGAUGGGUUUGGCUUGCUCCGUACGAAGGCUCCAUUAUGUGGAGUAGUAAACAGCCAACAAGUGGACCCGCCUUGCUGGGCAAGAGUGGCCGAAAAUUCACUAUUCAAUCAGUAUUGGAUGUCAAAGAUGAUAAUCCAAUGCCUAAGGGCUCCGGAGCCGGGGCUCAGGCCUUUAAUCGCUCUAUUCUCGUGUUGACCCCACAAAGGGCUCUCAAAUUCACCGCACUCACCAUCGAACGUCACUACGUCUGGUUGACUGCACUCUCAUUCCUUAGUCAUUCUUCAAUGGGUAUCCAAGACCUAGCGGUACUACCACCAGUGCCACAAGAGGAGGUCGAAUCUCCCAUCCCUUCACGAGCGACUCUCCGUCGCAAUCCUAUCCGCGAUUCCAUCCGAGUUGCAAAAGGUCGUCCACGACCUAUGCCCAAGGGCAAGCGCUCUUUCCCUGGGGCCACAGCGCCCGUCCCUGAGAUACCCGCCGGUGAUCUGGAGAGCCUUAAUUCAAUGGCUGCCGACGCACCUCAUGUCCCCCGUUUUUCUAAUCAUAAUCACCAUAAUCGCAAACGCAGCAACACGGCACCUCGCCCUCCUGCACUCCACGCUAUACGCAGUUUCUCCAGUCAAGGCACCGCACAGAGCGGCACGACUGCCGGCUCCGCGGAGACCUACUUCUCACCUACACUACCACCGGGUCUUCCUCCGGGUGUUGGAAUUGGCAUCGGAAGUGGUCCCAGCAGUACCAGUCGCCGGACAUCCGAGGCUAGUGGCCGUACUAUGAACACAACGCAGAGCAACAUGUUCGAUAUGGGCACUGUUCGCAUGGAGGCUUUUAUUGAUCACCAUGCGGAACAGAUUAAUCGACCUCGUCUUCCGCCACAGCCUCGCUCUCGACAUGUACGCAAGACUUCCAGUCAAUUGAGUCAUGGUCGUUAUGAGUAUGAUGCGCCCUCUGUUGAUGAAAGCGAACUGUCUUUCCGACCGGAUGAUCCUUUCCGUGGCUUCUAA